UUGGUUUCAAAACACUGAACAACAGGCAGAAGAGCAGCUGCUGUACAUCACAAAGACUUACUUUACAUUCAGCUAACAGUAAUUCUUGGCAGUAAGUGGCAGUUUGGUGAUUUCAUUAUCUUGUGGACCUUUAGCUGUUUCCAAAAUGGCGGGACCGCGGCUGGAGUUUGAGACCGAGAUGUUCCUGAGCCUCUUCGGCUGUGACGGGCUGCUGGUGGUGGCUGAGGGGAUGGGGGUCGACCGCAUCCUGCUGCAGUUCAUGCGGGUUUACUCGGAGCAGGGCAGCCUGGUCCUCCUGCUCAACACAACCACACCUGAACAGACAGAAGUGUUGUCACGCUUCAGAGAAGGAGAGCCUUUUAUGAGCACCCCUAUAAUCACGGCUCCCUUGGAUGUGGAAGACGACGCUGACUAUGCCAGGCUGGUGAAGGGGAGAAUUGAGAAGACUCUUCUAGGAGAGAUUUCUGAGUACAUAGAAGAGGUUUUUCUUCCAGAUGACUGCUUCAUCCUGGUGAAAUUAUCACUGGAGAGAAUCAGACUGCUGCGACUGGAGGUGGUGGUUCAAGGCAUACCAGAGGUCGCCCGAGCAGUUAUUCACAUCGACGAACAGAGUGGCAAGAACAAGUACAAACUUCUGGUGGAGGGCGACAAUCUGAGAGCUGUCAUGGCAACUCACGGAGUGAAUGGGAGUAGGACCACAUCAAACAAUACAUACGAGGUUGAGAGGACUUUGGGUGUUGAGACUGCAAGAUCCACCAUCAUCAAUGAGAUUCAGUACACCAUGGUCAACCACGGAAUGAGCAUCGACCGGCGUCACGUCAUGCUUCUUGCUGAUCUUAUGUCCUAUAACGUAUGAAACAUUGCUCUCUCUCCCUGUGUGCGUUCAUGAGUGUGUGUGUGUGUGUGUGUGUGUGUGUGUGUGUGUGCGCACACACACUCACUACCGGUCAAAAGUUUUAGAACACCUAAAUGUUUCCAGUUCUGUAUUGGAAAGUAUGCAUGUUCAUGUCUCAUUGUACUCUGAAAUGAAAGCAUAGAACACAUAAACAAAUGAUGUUCAAAAAAACCUAUUUAGAAACCAAAAUGUAUUCUAAACUAUUGACUCAUCAAAGUAGCCGCCUUUGCCAGAUACAACAGCUGAACGCACUCGUGGCAUUCUUUCCACAAUAGAAAUCAAAUAUUCUUCAGAAAGUUCUUCCCAACCCUGUUGCAGAAGUUCCCAUGAAUGUGUGGCACUUGUAGGUUGUUUUACUUUCACUCUUCUGUCCAAUUCAUCCCAAACCAGCUCCACGGGGUUGAAGUCUGGAGACUGUGCUGACACUCCAUGUUUUCAAGCUCAUCGUCUGGUUCUUUGUUCCUAAAGUAGUUCUGGCAGAGGGUGGACUGAUGUUCUGGGUCAUUAUCUUGCUGUAGGAUAAACCCCUGACCAGAGGGUUCUGCAUGGAGCUGCAGAAUGCUGUGGUAGCUGUUCAGGUUAGAGAUGUGGAAAACAGAUCCUUUAAUAAUGACUGGACUGAAAAGUAGGCAUUUAUCAUGCCAACCUUCCGAAAUGCGUCACCUGUAUGCCUCAUUUGCAACGAAACUGUUGCUGUUGCAAAAGAAUAUAAUCUGUACCGUCACCACAACACUAAACAUACAAAUUUCAAGGAUUCAUAUCCUGAGCAGUCAGAGGCCCGUCAGAGAAAAAUGGCCACAUUGAAAUCUGCCUGCACCCGUGCAAAUGGCAUUAUUACUCGAACUUUAACUGAUCAAGAGAGAGUAAGGUGUGCAUCUCUGCAGGCUGCCUGGGUGCUUUGCAAACAUAACCGGCCUUUCACGGAAAGUGAGCUUUUAAAGGAGAGCAUGGUCACCGUUCUGGUGCCCCCGACAAAUCCAUGGACAGAAUUAUUGCAUCUGUCAAACAAAUGCCUCUCUCUGCUUCAACUGCUGCACGUCGUGUCCACGUCUUGGCAGAGCAUGUCCAGCCAGCUGUCAUUGACGGGCUCAAGGAAGCCAAAUACAUUUCACUGGCUAUUGAUGAGUCCACUGACAACACGGAUAUUUCACAGUUGUGCGUUUUUGUCAGAUACUUUGAUGGCAAAGAUUUCCGAGAGGAGCUGCUGGCGUUGCUUCCGCUGGAGGACAACACCACAAUUCUCCACAAACGUAGUGAAAAUGAUGCCGUUGGACGAGGCGUCCAUUCAGAGCGAGCUGGCUGAAAUCCAGGCUGCUCUCCAUGGUGCUGAAAGCCUGAGCGCAUUCUGGAUGUCUUGUCCCGAGGACUAUGGUACAUUGAAGACGCUGGCUAUGUAUGUGCUCACCAUGUUGGGUUCAACCUACACCUGCGAGGCUGCGUUCUCCAAGAUGAACUCGAUAAAAACACACGAGAGGAACCGACUGUCAAACCAGUCUUUGGAGGACUGUUUGCGCAUAAGUCUGACAGCGGCCAAGCCUGAUGUGAAAAAGUUGGUGUCAGAGGGGAAAUGUAACUUCAGCCAUUAAGCAGUGUGAGGAGCCCAUUUCAGCCUUGUGAUUUGAAAUCGCUAUAGCCCACUUAACGUUUUAUUUGAUGUGCGAACAUUAUUUGUGACCUGUUUUGUUCUGGUACCAGGUUAGUAUUUAUUUACCAUGCUAUUUUAAGUUAUGCCAGUUGGUUUUUCCUCCUUUUUUUGUCCUGAGAAGUCUACUAGUUUGAAGCUUGUUGUUGAGACUUUGAAAUAAAAACCAAAUGUUAAGUAAGGGCAUGAGGAAAAGUUAUGUUAAAAAAAAAAGAACUGUGUGAAACAAUAAAUGUUAAACAGUG